AUGCAAUUCUUGCAUCUCGCUCUCCUCACCUCCCUCUCCAUUUUCGCCCAAGCUGCGCCCGACUGGGGCGAACCUCCCUCGAGAACUAGCUGUACGACCGAGUAUGGCAAGUCUCGCCUCCCGUGGCAUACUCACUGGUCUACCUACUGGGAGCCCUGCACUACGACUCGCACGUCAACGAGAGUUGUCAUUGCUUCGCCCUCUACGAUUACGCACACCACAAUCGUGACUGAGCAGGGGCCCCCCACAACCAUCACUCAAAGCGUAACGGUGACACAGAUAUCCGGGACGAUUGUGACCGCUAGCACCACAUACACUUCUACAUCUACUGUGCCGGCUUCCGCUGGCUUCGUUCCUGUCCAGUCGAGUCUGCCGGGUUCAACCUACUCUGGCUCAGGCGGUGCAGAUCCCGUGGCCAAACGUGACACUCUUGAUCAUUCGAAUCUCGAUGCGCAAAAGUAUGUUGUGGGCGUAGAGUGCCACGUGUGGAAGCCGGGGCAUUGCGUGCAGACGGUUACGACUGUUACAUCUACUAAGCAAGCCUCUCCGACUACGAUCACCGUGACACAACAUCUGCAAACCACUGGAACGACAACUCUCACAUCUACCACCACAACAAUAUCCACGUCGAUCGUCACGAACACCCCAACUAUCGUUUCGACGGUAUACGCCGCAUGCGCAACUAACAACCUGGCCGAUUAUUACGGUACAUAUCCCAUCGCCGGCGCGUCAUUUGUUAGCACAUCCGGAGCAGACGCAGGUUCCGCAUACGACUGCUGUGUCCUUGCCCUCCAAACGCCGAACACACAAGUCUUUGUGUUUCAGUCUGCAGGUGACGGACUCCCAAGUACUUGUCAGCUCUUGAGCAACCCUUCAGUUGUGUGCGAUGGCCAGACCUCAGGCUCGUAUAUUGCAUGGUCUGCGGGCACAAGUCUACCCUUGGCCGCUGUUGGCAACGCGUACUGCGGAGAAGUCACCUCCUUCAGCAUUGUCGGUUGAACAGCUGUCAUCAAAAAGGGAUUUUGCGCAGACGUAUGUUGUCGAUCAUUGACGCGCCGAUUCCUUUCCAUUUCUUGG